AGUCGUCACUUCCGCUCCUGCUCUGACUCCAGCUUGCAUCAUUUCUCGUCUCUCUCUCGGCAGCCGGCGGCGGCAGGCAACAUUCGGACACCAUGGUGGAGCCAGUCCCUGAGUCCAUCAACUUUCCCUCGGAGGAGGAGAAGAUCCUGCAGUUUUGGGGAGAGAAGGACUGCUUCCAGGAAUGCCUCAGACAGUCCAAGAACAGGCCUAAGUACACCUUCUACGACGGCCCUCCCUUUGCCACGGGUUUACCCCACUACGGUCACAUCCUAGCCGGCACCAUCAAGGACAUUGUUACUCGCUUUGCCCACCAGAGCGGCUUCCAUGUGGACCGGCGCUUUGGCUGGGACUGUCACGGCCUGCCUGUGGAGUAUGAGAUUGACAAGACACUGGGGAUCAAAGGGCCUGAAGAUGUGGCCAAGAUGGGCAUUGCUGAGUACAACAAGCAGUGCAGAAACAUUGUGAUGAGAUACUCCAACGAGUGGGAGACUUCAGUGAAGCGAAUGGGCCGGUGGAUUGACUUCAACAAUGACUACAAGACGCUCUACCCGUGGUUCAUGGAGACUGUCUGGUGGGUGUUCAGACAGCUGUAUGACAAGGGUCUGGUGUACCGAGGUGUCAAAGUCAUGCCUUUCUCCACCGCCUGCAACACCCCUCUCUCCAACUUCGAGUCCCACCAGAACUACAAGGAUGUUCAGGAUCCAUCUGUGAUCGUCAACUUCCCGCUGGUCGACAAUCAAGAUGUUGCUUUGAUUGCCUGGACGACCACACCCUGGACACUGCCGAGCAACCUCGCCCUCUGUGUGAACCCGGAGUUCCUCUAUGUCCAGGUGAAAGAUAACACCACAGGCAAGACCUACAUCAUGAUGGAGGCCAGGCUGGGAGCUCUGUUUAAGUCAGAGGGCGAGUACACUCUGCUGGACAAAUUUCCUGGCAAGACACUUAAAGGGAAAAAAUACAAGCCUCUCUUCCAGUACUUUGCCAAGUGUGGGGAGAAGGGAGCGUUCCAGGUGGUGACGGAUAACUACGUCAAGGAGGAAGAGGGCACCGGAGUGGUCCACCAGGCACCUUACUUUGGAGCUGAUGAUUACAGGGUGUGCACUGAAUACAACAUCAUCCAGAGGGACCAGGCUCCUAUCUGCCCUGUGGACGCCUCAGGCUGCUUCACUUCAGAGGUCACUGACUUUGCGGGACAGUAUGUCAAAGACGCUGACAAGAACAUCAUCAAGUGGCUGAAGGAGAACGGCCGCCUCGUCAAUGCCAGCAGCUUCAAACAUAGUUACCCCUUCUGCUGGAGGUCCGACACGCCUCUGAUCUACAAAGCGGUGCCCAGCUGGUUUGUCCGAGUGGAGCACAUGGUGGACAAACUGCUGGACAACAAUGGAAAAUGCUACUGGGUUCCAGAGUUUGUGCGUGAGAAGCGUUUCGGGAACUGGCUGAGAGACGCACGCGACUGGGCGAUUUCGAGGAACCGUUACUGGGGCACGCCAAUCCCUCUCUGGGUCAGCGACGACUUCGAGGAGGUGGUGUGUGUAGGGUCCAUGGCCGAACUGGAGGAGCUGACCGGAGUCAAAGUAACUGAUCUGCAUCGGGAGAGCAUUGACAGUCUGACCAUCCCGUCGCGGUGUGGGAAGGGCGUGCUGCGGAGGGUCACCGAGGUGUUCGACUGCUGGUUCGAGAGCGGCAGCAUGCCCUACGCCCAGGUCCACUACCCCUUCGAAAACAGGAAGGAGUUUGAGGACGCUUUCCCCGCAGACUUCAUCGCCGAAGGCAUUGACCAGACGAGGGGAUGGUUCUACACCCUGUUGGUGCUCUCCACAGCCCUGUUUGGCAAACCACCCUUCAAGAAUGUCAUCGUUAAUGGUUUGGUUCUUGCUAGCGAUGGACAGAAGAUGAGCAAGCGCAAGAAGAACUACCCAGAUCCGGGACUGAUAGUGCAGAACUAUGGAGCUGAUGCCCUCAGGCUCUACCUCAUCAACUCUCCUGUAGUGAGAGCUGAGAACCUGCGUUUCAAAGAGGAGGGGGUGCGGGACGUGUUGAAGGAUGUCUUCCUGCCGUGGUAUAAUGCCUAUCGCUUCCUGGUGCAGAACGUACAGAGGUUACAGAAGGAGGAUGAGAUUCAGUUUCUGUACAACGAGAACACGGCGAAGCAGAGUGACAACAUCAUGGACAAAUGGAUUCAGUCCUUCACACAGUCCCUCAUUCAGUUCUUCAAGGCUGAGAUGGAUGCCUACCGCCUCUACACUGUCGUGCCUCGCCUGGUCAAGUUUGUGGACAUGCUCACCAACUGGUACGUCAGGACCAACAGACGCCGUCUGAAGGGAGAGAGUGGCACUGAGGACUGCCUGUGGGCGCUGGAAACCCUCUUCAGUGUUCUGUUCUCCAUGUGCAGGCUGAUGGCUCCCUUCACACCCUUCAUUACAGAGAUGAUGUACCAAAAUCUGCGUCACCUCAUCGACCCCGCCUCUGUCGAGGAGAAGGACAGCAGCAGCAUCCACUAUCUCAUGCUUCCCCAAGUCAGGGAGAGUUUGAUUGACAAGCGCAUUGAGAGCGCUGUUUCUCAGAUGCAGUCUGUGAUUGAGCUGGGCAGAGUGAUCCGAGACAGGAAGACCCUGCCCGUCAAGUACCCAUUGAAGGAGGUGGUCGUUAUUCACCAGGAUGCAGAGGCUCUGAAAGACAUCCAGUCCCUGCAGAAAUACAUCCUGGAAGAGCUUAAUGUGAGGCAGUUAACGCUGUCAACGGACAAGGACAAGUACGGCAUCCGUCUGAGAGCCGAGCCAGACCACAUGGUUCUGGGCAAGAGACUAAAGGGGGCCUUCAAAUCCGUCACUGCCUCUAUCAAGGAGCUCACCAGCGAACAGCUAGAGGCCUUCCAGAAGACAGGCUCCAUCGUGGUGGACGGCCACGAGCUUCACGAGGAGGACCUGAGGCUGAUGUACACCUUCAACCAGAGCUCAGACUCAGCUGCACAGUAUGAAGCACACUCUGACGCACAGGUCCUGGUGCUGUUGGAUGUCACCCCGGACCAGUCCAUGGUGGACGAAGGCGUUGCCCGUGAGGUCAUCAACCGCAUUCAGAAACUACGCAAGAAGGGCCAUUUGGUACCAUCAGAUGAGAUAACUGUGUACUACCGCUGCCAGCCAGAGGGGGAGUACUUGGACUCUGUGAUCCAGGCUCACACCGACUUCAUCCUGGCCACGACCAAGGCUCCACUUCUGCCCUUCCCUGUCCCCAAAACUGCCAGUGUCAUCAUAGAGGAAAAAACACAGCUGAAGGGCUCAGACUUGGAGUUAACCAUUGUGAAGGGAUCGUCAGCCCCUCGGGCUCCUCUCAGUGGACCAGCUUGCACCUAUGUGAACCUCAGGGUGAAGGUCAACAACAAAGAGCAAGAGGGGGUGGUGCUGUUGGAGAACCCCAAAGGAGAUAACAGACUAGACGUGGACAAGCUGAGGAAAGUGUGCAGCAGCAUCUUUGGAACAAACAACACCCAGCUCAGAUUCUUCAACAGGCGGGAUGAAAUGAUGAAACUGUUUUGUGCACACACAGAGCUGACCAGCAAAACGGACCUUCAGGCUUUGAGCGGUAAAACUUUGUCAGUGACGUCAGGCUCUUCCUCGCCCGGCCCCGCCCCCACCACCGACGCCGUCCUGUGUCCCUAUGUGAACCUGAUGCUCUGUAACGCACAGCCCGCUGAAUGCCAGACGGGGGAGGUGGGCACCCUCCUGCUGGUGAACCCAGUGGGCCAGAAUGGGCUCGACCACUCAGGCCUGCUGUCUGAGGCUGCCAAGGUUUUCGGCCUCCGCAGCAGACGGCUCAAACUCUACCUGGACCAGGACCUCACCCAGGAGCUGCCAGCAGAUUCAUCAGUAAAAUCUCUAGACACCAAAACUCUGUUUGUGAGAGUUCUUCCAACAACCGCUGAAGCAUAAAUCCAGAGAAGCCAUCCCAGGAUCUCACCAGUCAACAUUUGUCUCAGAUGUGUCACAGGUUCCUGGAAAGUUGUUUUUUUUACCCACUAUAAUCCCGACAGCCCCGUCCACUGAUGCACAGUGGAUUUAUGGCAACAUAAUGUGUGUCACGUGUUAAGAUGUUUUUGGUUUUUUGAAAUCCUGAUGCAAAGGAGGCUUGUCUGUCAAGUUCACAGCUGUUACUUCAUAGAGUCACUCUCACACAUCUUGAAAUUUCUCAAGGCAACUUCAGGCUCAGAAUUAGCACGGCUGAAUCUGACUUGAGAUUUUUAUUUGCUUGAAAGCAAUCUGAGAUGUGACGAUCACGGUUCUCCUCCCUGACGCGGUUUCUUUCCCUCGCACUGCCUUUAAUUUGUCCCCAGUUCUCAGUGACAGUUUUCUAAGAAAGCACAGUGUGUUGUUGGGCUGUAUUUAUUCUGGACAGAGGAGAGAUUUACAUUCUUCACUAAAAGUGGAAGCACUUCAAGAACAGAAGGAUUGUUCAUACACAGCAGCUGAACAGACCGGCUGGACAGAUGUGGUCCAGAAGUAGUUGGCCGUGGAAACUGGGGAUUGUCUGAUGGAGUGAAAACCAGACAUUAAACCACCUGGAAAGAAGAUCCAAAGGUUCUCUGUACCUCAGGUUUAAAGAUUUUUUCAGUCAGUAACUGGAAAUGAGGAUUCCAGGGAACUGUCUAGCUGUCAAUAUUACCAAUGGAUGGUUUUCUUUAUUAUGCUAAUUAUAAAAAUUAUGCAAGCUCCUUCCCCUUCAGGGCUGAUUUGAGGUGAGCUAAAUCCAGAGUAAUUAUUGCUGUGGCUCAUAAUUGGGAAACCAAUUUGGCCUAUUGUGCUUAUACGCCAUUUUGAAUUUAACAGAUAAACCUAUUCUCUUCAUUGCAUUGGGAAUCCUUUGACAAUUGAAAAGGCAUUUAAAAGGUGAAAUGGAUUUUCGGGCUGCUGUACCAUAGGGACAAAGGGUUCUGUAAUAAAAAGAGCAACAAAUGGAUAAUGUACUAUUUUCAGUGACAAAUGGAAUAAAUCAAAGGUGACUAAGAAUCAA